AUGGCCGCACACGUAGUAGAGCCUAUUGUAGCUGAUGAAGAUGUUCAAGGCGAUCUAGAUUCGUCGAUUGGAGAGGAUGCAACAUCAUCAACCGCGAGUUUGAGCAGCUCUAUUCUCGACUUCCGCCAAGAGAAUGGGAGAACAUACCACGGCUACAAGGAUGGAAAAUACCAUCUUCCCAACGACGACCGCGAGAAUGACAGGCUAGACCUACAGCACAACUUGUUUCUUCUCACUUUCGACAACAAGCUCGGUCUUUCACCCCCAAACCUCCCUGGUUCCAAAGUCAAGCGAGUGUUAGACUUGGGCACAGGCACAGGGAUAUGGGCAAUUGACUUUGGUGAUGAUCAUCCUGAAGCCGAGGUCAUUGGCGUCGAUUUAUCUCCCAUCCAGCCUAGCUUUGUUCCGCCUAAUGUUAGGUUUAUCAUUGACGAUAUUCAUGAGGACUGGGGCUUCUCUGAGCCUUUUGACUACAUUCAUAGUAGGAUGAUGAAUUUCAGCAUCCCCGACUGGCCGGAAUACUUUCGCAAAAUCUACGAGAAUCUCGCUCCGGGCGGUUACAUCGAGAUCCAGGAAAUCGACGUCAUGAUGAAAUCCGACGACGGCACUCUUUCUGAGGACAGACCAAUCAUGACAUGGAGCAAGCUGUUAAAUGAAUCCUCUAUCAAGCUACAACAAGCUUACCAAAAGAUUGAUGAAUUUAAAGAUAUAAUGUCGAAAGCAGGGUUUACUGAGAUCGUCGACACCCGCUUCAAGUGGCCGUCGAAUCACUGGCCCAAGGAUAAGAAGUAUAAGGAGCUUGGUGUGUGGAACAACGAGAAUAUCGCGAUUGCUCUGGAGUCAUUGACCAUAGCUCCGUUUACGAGAGCCCAUGGUUGGUCGAUCGAAGACGUCCAAGUUUUCCUCACAGAGGUUAGGAAGGAUCUCAAUAAUCCAAGGAUUCAUGGUUAUUGGCCUAUGUGA